CUCAGUCAAGUGAGAGGAGACUGAGUGAGGACUCGCAGAAUCGUUUUCAACGUACAGAGAUGUCUUCACUAUCGUCAUUCGCCGCCGUAGCCGCACCUUCGUCUUCUCUCAGAAGAGUCUGCUCUCCAUCCCGUCAAAACCUGCAUUUUCAGCAGCUUUCUAACACUCGCUUGUGCAGGUUUGGUGUCAAGUGCUAUGCAGAUGCGAGCGUGAAGGAGGUUUCUAUCUCUGCUACUAUUGAUGUUGUGGCUGAUGUUAAGACUGAGCGGGUUGUUGUCUUAGGAGGCAGUGGUUUUGUGGGUUCUGCAAUAUGCAAGGCUGCAGCAUCCAAGGGUAUAGAGGUCAUAAGCCUGAGCAGGUCUGGGCGUCCUUCUUACUCAAGUCCAUGGGUAGAUCAGGUUACUUGGAUGACAGGAGAUGUUUUCUAUGCAAACUGGGAUGAAGUACUUGUUGGGGCCACUGCUGUGGUUUCAACCCUUGGAGGGUUUGGUAGUGAGGAACAGAUGCAAAGAAUUAAUGGCGAGGCUAAUGUUGUGGCAGUCGGUGCUGCAAAAGACUUUGGCGUUCCCAAGUUCAUCUUGAUCUCGGUUCAUGAUUAUAACCUACCAUCAUUUGUACUAUCAUCCGGGUAUUUCACAGGGAAGAGGAAAGCAGAAUCAGAGGUUCUCUCCAAAUAUCCAAAUUCCGGUGCUGUGCUAAGACCAGGUUUUAUAUAUGGGAAAAGAAGGGUGGAUGGCUUCGAGAUCCCUCUGGAUUUGAUAGGGGAACCAUUGGAGAAAAUUCUGCGUGCUACUGAAAACUUAACCAAACCUUUGAGUUCUCUCCCUGCAUCUGAUCUAAUCUUGGCCCCUCCUGUUAGCGUCGAUGAUGUUGCAUUUGCAGCGAUUAAUGCAGUGGUAGAUGAUGACUUCUUCGGUAUUUUCACAAUUGAGCAAAUCAAGGAAGCUGCAGCAAAAGUGAGGGUAUGACAGAAUUAGUCACAAUCGGUAUCGCCACCAGGUUUGAGUGACCCCAUUGCCUGGUUAGACAGCCUUAUGUAAGGGUAAAUACAGACUACAACAUUUGUAUAAGUUCUUCAAUUGCUUGUACAAACUGUGUGAUAUUAUCACCAUCAAAAGCCUCUGGGUUCACUUAAUUGCCGUUAUACUCGUA